AUGCCUCUGAGCCCAGAAUUCGAAAAGGCCGUCGUCGACUCCAAGAAGCUCACCGGCAAGCCCAGCAACGACGAGCUGCUCGACCUCUACGCCCUUUACAAGAUUGCCAAUGGCGAGGACAUUGCCAAGGCCCCCGCGCCCGGCAUGUUCGACAUGAAGGGCAAGGCCAAGAAGAACGCGUGGCAGAAGCUCCUCGACGAGGGUGUUACCCCAGACCAGGCCCAGGUCAAAUAUGUCGCCCUCGUCGAGGAUCUGAAGACGAAGCACGGCUACGACGCGGACAAGGUGCCCGAGGCUGUCGGCAGCUCUUGA